AUGGAAGGGAUUAAGCCAUCUGAAGCAGAGGAAACUACAGAAUUGUUUGAACAAGUCGAGUAUGAAGAAAUCUCAACAGAAGUUAAAGUUGAAAAGACCACAGAAGAGGUUUCUGAAAUUGUCAGACAGGUGAUAGAAGUGGAAGAAGAAAAACCUGCUAAGAUCAGCCAGGAAGUCGAAAUUCUUGAAACUGCUUCAACAGAAGAAUUUGUUGAUGAAGUCGAUAUGGCUGCCCCGGUGGAAGAAACUACAGAAGAAAUUCGAGAUACUAUACAUAUUGAUGAACAGAAGGUCUCCAAGACUGCCAUAAGUGAAGAAUUCUUGAUAAAAGAAGAAGCAGCAGAGGAGAUUGUUGUGGAAGCCAAAGAGGAUACCGUUGGUGAAAAAGACGUUACUGAAGUCGUUGAAACGAUCAUGGUUACAGAGGAGAAACCCUCCGAAGCUGAGGAGACCUUUGUUGCUGUUGCGGCACAAACAGAGGAUGUUGUAGCCGAUGUCAGAAUGGAAACAACUGUUGAGGAGGAAGUUGCAGAAGUUGUGAAGGAGAAAGCAGAUGUUACAGAAGCUGAUGUCAGACAGGCUGAAGAAGAAAUAAAAGCCGACAUCACUGUGGAGACUGCGGUCAGUGAAACUGUUGUCAAGGUGAUUGAAGAAACUAGAGAAGAAACCGAACAAGUUGAAAUUGCCUUUGACAUUAAACCCGAAGAGAAACCUUCCCUACCAGAAACCUUGCAAGAGACUCAGCCUGAUGUGGCUAUUUCUCCUGCUGCUCCCGAAUUAGCGCCAGAAGCUCCCCGUUUCACCCAGACCCUCCAGAAGCAGCUGGAAGUGUUUGAGGGAUCACGCGUCACAGUCGAGUGUGUGGUUACAGGACGGCCCACGCCGGUCAUCACUUGGUUUAAGGAGGAAGUUGAGAUCGUGAAGAGCGAGAGAUUCAUCACAGAAUACAAAGAUGGUCGGUGCACGCUGACCAUUCCCAGUAUAACUCUUGAUGAAGAUGCUCUCGAGUUCACAUGCCAGGCCAAGAAUGACGUGGGCGUCGCCAAAACAUGGAUUGAAAUUUUCGUUGAAACACCGCACACUGUUGACGAGAGUGAACCCGAGCGGGUGGAGGUUGAAGUCACACAAGAAAUGACGCAGCCCCUACUACAGGUGGUGGAGAAACCCGAGGCAGAGUUAUCUGCCCCUACUCUAGGUUGGCAGCCUAUAAAUAUUGAGGAUGCUAGCAUGCAAAAGUUUUUGCUAGCCGUUGUUUUGGUUAUGGUACUGCUACGGCUGUUGGCGUGGUUACUCAGUUGCAGCUGUUGUAUUUGGUCUUACUUCCUCACUAGCUCCUGGCCUAAUUAAAACUAGUAUUGGGGUUUGUACAAUUAAAAAAAAAAAAAAAUCUCUCUCUCUCUCUAAGCGUUCUGUCAAAUGUUUCAGGUAAAAAAAAAAAAAAAAAAAUUGUUGUAUUCAUUUGUCUCAAUUUUGGGCUUUUUUUUUCAUUUAAAUGUUAAAGCAUUAGUCUUGUUUUUUAUAUUCUGUCACAGUACAUUGGCAGUAAUAUAUAAUUUAGAAUUUGUAAACCUGUACAAGCCCCAAUGUUUUCCAUCAUGCAGUGAAAGAUUUCUCACACAAGUUUCUACAUUUUAAAAUGUUAAAUACAUACUAAAGAAUGAUACCAUACUGAAUUGUUUUUAAUUGUGUGAGAAGUAUUUCUUUCAUUGGUUUUUCACAAGUAUGCCAUAGAAUGUGAUAAGUGCUAUUUUUGUGCCAUUCAGUCACAAAACAAAAUUAAUAUAUUUGUAUACUUUUGCAUUUGAUUUUAAAUAGAACAGUUUAUUCCAGAUUUGUAAGUUUACAAAAUAUGUCCUUGCUAUGGCAUAUUAACACCCUAUCCCAUAUCCUGAUCCUAUAUGUGGUUUCUGAAACUGCCUUAUUUCAAUUUUCCACAGUUAGAUCCCAGGUCUGAGCUUGUGGUGAAGUCCUACAUUAAAAACAUCAAACUUGUGCCAGUUGACCAAUGAAAUGUCUAAUAAUUGCAUUGCUGAUGCCAUUUAAAAGUGUAAUAAUUAAUUACAUGCUUAAGUGCUGAUGCUACCUUAAUUUUGAUUGGCCAGAACACAUGCUUUUGUUGUUUUAUUUAGAGCAAAAAAAGACAGACUGUAUUUAUAAAUGUCAAAAUUUGUUUCUUAUUUUUCAUGAAUUUGUGAAAUCUAAGUUUUCAGAACAUUUAACAAUUAAAAUAGAUGUAAACGAGUUUGAUUACUUGGCAAUAAUAUUUUAAGUAAAACAUUUUCUUCAGUUUUACAUUAUAUAAAUAUAAAACAACAAAAAUAUAGUGAUAAAAAGCCAACUCAUGUACCAUUUAGCAUGUACCUCAAAUCCAAUAGAAAUGUGUUUUUGUAUAAACAUUUAAGUUUUUCAGUGCAAUUUUGUUUUUGUUUAUUGUGAGCAGUCUUUACUGUAGAUUUUCAAAUACCCAAUGAACAUCUUUCGACCAUUAAAAGUAUGAUGGAUCAAAUACUUUUAAUGGUUUUUUGACCCUCCAUCCCUGACUUAAAUUAAUUGACUCAUAACUUGUUAAUAAUACAUAAUGCAAAUUACCCAUUUGACUUAUGGGUAAGUACAUUUUUGAAACCAUUUCAUUUAACACCCAUGAAGAAUUUUGUUUCGUUUUGAUCAGAAAUGGUGUAUAUAAUUUUCACAACCUAGUAGGGUUGACACAUCCAACAAUUUCAAAUUUGUAUUAUGUAUAUUCUUAUCAGGUUAUUGGUCAUCAACAUUAUUAUGUUCUAAAAGUAAAUCUACAGUUUAGACUGACAUUCAGUCUUACUUCUUAUGGCAGGUGAGCCAAGGGAACAUGUUUAAAGAUUUCAGUCUAGUUUUUAUAUAUAUGACAUUUUGGUCUAUUUUUAUGCAUUUUUUGCAAUUUUUUUUUUUUUUUUUUAACAAAUUAAUAUUUUUGUAAGUGUGUGACUUCAUUCUUCUGUAUAUUGGAACACUUUGAUAAAUAAAUAUCAUAAAUGAAA